AUGUUCAGUUCAUUGUUAUCCCGACCUAAGAACUCUUCUUAUGAACCUCCGACUCAUGUUAUACCCAAUUUAAAACAAUCAUCUUCAAAAUCCAAUUCAUCAAAAGCUUUAACUAUAACUUCCAUCCCACAAGUAAAUUCCAUAAUCACCAAAGAGCAACACCCAGGACAACAGAAGACAACAACAGCUUAUAUUCAAUCGAAUUAUGAAGACACUAUCCCACUUAAGAAGAGGUAUCCGAACCUAAUCCAUCAUUUCCCAAGACCUGAUCGGGAUUCGUUGGUUUUACCAUUGUCACCAGAAGAAGAAUCAAUGAUUUAUGAAACUAAAUUAAUAGUGGAUAAACUAAUAGCAUCAAAAUUAGGCAUGGCAGAACCUGAGAGUGAUGUAAAUUAUGUUAAAGUCACCAAUAGUUCUGUGAAUGAUGAUGAGAAUGAAAAGAUUAUUCAAGUAAAGAAAUUCCAGACUGAUCCGAUGUUACCUCCAAAAUUCAAACUUCGAAAGAAUAGACAUGAGCCACCACCCCCACCGCCUCCAAUUUUGAAGAAAGCUGGCGAUGGAGGCGGAGAAGGUGGUUCUAAAUUAACUAAACUGGAUCGAGAGAAGUGGAAUAUUCCUGCGGCUAUUUCGAAUUGGAAAAAUAAUCAAGGGUUUACUAUUUCAUUGGAAAAGAGGAUGAUUUCUCAACAAGGAGAAGAUGGAGAAGGGUCUAGUGUGAAUGUUGAGAAAUUUGGCGAACUUUCACAAGCAUUGGCUGAUGCUGAUGUUCAAGCUCGUGAAGAAAUUAGAAUUCGUAAUGAGAUACGACAACGACAAGCUAUUGAGGAACAAGAAAGACGACAAGAGAAAUUAAAGAGAUUGACUUCAGGACGAAGAGGUCCUGGUCCAAAAAGAAGAAAAUACUAG